CAGUCAAAGCGGAAGUGAUGCUUCAAACAUGGCGGCCUGUGACUUCUUUGGCUGCAGAUAAAACAAAACAACAACCAAAAAUAAUAAUUUUUGUGGCUUUUUAUGUUUUUUAAGGUCCGCGGAGGACAGUUUAAGUUUUGUGACAGAACUGUGUAAAAAUGGCCCGGUCCGGCCUCCGUGUGUCAGACUGGUUUUUUAUCUGCGUCAUCUUGGUUUUCAGCGGAGUUUCUGCCGAAACGAACCGAAAACCGAAUAUCGUCCUGAUCCUCACCGAUGACCUGGACGUCACAAUCGGGGGUCUGAGUCCACUGAACAAGACGAAAAAACUCAUUGGUGGGGCAGGAAUAUCAUUCACUAACGCAUUUGUAGCCAGUCCGUUGUGCUGCCCCAGCCGAGCCAGUAUCCUGACUGGAAAAUACCCUCACAACCAUCAUGUCAUCAACAACACCCUCGAGGGCAACUGCAGCAGCAAGGCCUGGCAGAAGAGCCAGGAGGCCCACACCUUCCCCGCCCUGCUGAAGGCCUACGCCGGAUACCAGACCUUCUUCGCCGGGAAAUACCUGAACCAAUAUGGACACCCUGCUGCUGGCGGAGUGGAACAUGUUCCUCCUGGCUGGAACUACUGGGUUGGACUGGAAAAGAACUCAAAGUACUACAACUACACUCUGUCUGUGAACGGAGUCGCUCAGAAACACGGAGCCGACUACAGCAGAGAUUAUCUGACAGACAUCCUGGCCAACAUGUCUCUGGACUUCCUGCAGUACAAAUCCAGCUAUCAGCCAUUCUUCAUGAUGGUGUCCACUCCAGCCCCCCACUCCCCGUGGACCGCAGCCCCACAGUACCAGGACCGGUUCAACGCCACCAAGGCGCCCCGCGACCCCAACUUUAACAUCCACGGGAAGGACAAACACUGGUUGAUCAGACAGGCUAAAACCCCGAUGAUCAACUCAUCGGUCCAGUUUCUGGACGAUGCGUUCAGGAAGCGGUGGCGAACUCUGCUGUCCGUAGAUGACCUAGUGGAGAGGCUAGUGACAAGGUUAGAGGUCAGAGGUGAACUGGAUAAUACCUACAUCUUUUUCACCUCUGAUAACGGAUACCACACAGGUCAGUUCUCACUUCCGCUGGACAAGAGGCAGCUCUACGAGUUUGACAUCAGAGUUCCUCUGAUGGUCCGAGGGCCAAAGAUUAAACCCAACCAGACCAGUCAGAUGCUGGUCGCCAACGUCGACCUCGGCCCGACCAUCCUGGACAUCGCCAGCAUCAACGUCAGCGAGACCCAGAUGGACGGGAUGUCCUUCCUGAACGUCAUGGAGGGUGGAGUCAACAUCAGCAGCUGGAGAACCGACCUCUUGGUGGAGUAUGAAGGUGAAGGAAGGAACGUGUCUGACCCAGCCUGCCCCCUGCUGGGCCCGGGAGUAACUGAGUGCUUCCCGGACUGCGUGUGUGAGGACGCCUACAACAACACCUACGCCUGUGUGCGCACCAUCGCCCCCUCUGCCAACCUGCAGUACUGCGAGUUUGACGACAGUGAAGUGUUUGUUGAAGUCUACAAUAUAACGGCCGACCCUUACCAGCUGACCAACAUCGCAAAGACCAUCGACAAGGAAGUCCUGGAGAAGAUGAACCACCGACUGAUGAUGCUGCAGUCGUGCUCCGGACAGUCGUGUCGGACACCCGGCGCCUACGACGCACGGUUUAAGUUUGACCCUCGUCAGAUGUUUUCUGGCCGGCGGCUCAUCAGACUCAGACAAGCCAAGUGACCACAUGUCUGCACACAGACGAGGGAACAGAAGCUGGAUGGCAUUUUGUGUUCCGCCUGACUGCUGCCAUUGUAUUUCAAGCGGAAAAGGCAGAGUCAGACUGAAGGGGGUGGGGCCCCGUGUGUGUUUGUGAAAAUGUGCAGUUUAUUUCACACUAACAGCUUCAAAUCCACUUUUAUUCUCCAUCUGCACUGAAACAAAACAAGAAACACACAUUUAGAUGUUUACAGUGCCAAUUUAAUAAAAAGUACCAAACUCCCAAGAAUUUCACUGAAUGACAUCAAAAUAACAGUUUGUGUCGAGUGGAGCAUGGAUUGCACACUUUUUAAAUUUUGUUUGUUUAAACAGAAGUAUUUUUGUAUUAACUGUGAAGCUGGGGUUCAGCUGCUGCCCCCCUUCUUCAAGGGGGGGGGGGGGGGGACAAUGUUAGUAGAGAGGAAUAUGUGAAAUCAGGUCAGAUUGUGUUUUAAUGUACACUAACGUGUUUGUCUCCGUUUAAGGGUUGGACAAAGUAUAUAUUUGCCUCUGUUCCAAUCUUCAGUUCAAGCGGUUACAGCCCAAUGGUUCGAGGUCAUCCCGGGGUUAAAAUUACCUGAUGCUCUGAUUUUGUUGAAACUGGUGACAAGUUGUUCGUAUCCAGGCGUCUGAAAAUUUGAACCUCAUUACUUUCUGACAGUCUGAAACCCAAACAGCAACAAAACAAUUUUAGCAUGAAAAUCCUACGGGAGUACACGCAGCACUAAAACAGAAAAAUGAGGAAACGUGCCCGUUCACUCCCGUUCACACACAGUAAUUAAUUUAAAUGAGGUGAAACUUUAGCAAGGCGAUUCUCAAAUGAACAGUUUCAUUAUUUGACAUCAAUUUUACCUUUUGUUUGUUUAAGUUGUAGGUAGCACAGUGGCUUAGUGGUUAGCACUGUUGCCUGACAGUGAGAAAGUCAUGGGUCCACCUGUGUCCUUUCUGUGUGGAGUUUGUGUGUUCUCCCCGUGUUUGUGUGGGUUC